UGCACUCCUGAGGCGAUUGCUUUAAGGAUACUUUUAUUUUGGUGUUUUCUUUGUAGCGGCUAUGGCGUCUGUAGUCAUCUAUGGUCAUGUGUUCUCGUGACUGCAGCUACUUGCCGCUUCUGAUGCACAUUGCGAUCUGUGGUUUUAUGUUACUGUCGUUAAUCUGACAGAUAUGCUGCCUGUAGUGGUGGUGCAUGGAGGUGCUGGUCAUAUUCCUAAAGAAAGAGCUGAACUCUCUACUAUCGGUGUGAAAGAGGCAGCCAGGACUGGGUAUGCCAUCCUCCAGAGGGGUGGAAGUGCCAUGGAUGCUGUGGUUGAAGCAGUGACCUUGAUGGAGAACAACCCAAGAUUCAAUGCAGGUCGGGGGUCAGUGCUAAAUGUAAAGGGGGAGGUUGAGAUGGAUGCAAUUGUGAUGGAUGGCAGGACUCUAGCUAGCGGGGCUGUGUCAGCAGUCAGAAGAGUGGCUAACCCAGUGCAACUGGCCAGGCUUGUCAUGGAGAAGACCAACCACUUGUGUCUGACAGCUGAAGGGGCCUCUAAGUUUGCCAGAAGCAUGGGUGUACCGGAAGUGCCUGAGGAGUCAUUGAUCACAGACUAUGCCAAGAUGCGCUGGAAGAAGAACCUGGAGGCAGAUGCCAACCCUGUGGAAUGCCAAAUGGGCAAGAUGGGAACAGUAGGUGCAGUUGCUGUGGACAUAGACGGAAACAUUGCUUGUGCUACAUCCACUGGUGGAAUGAUAAAUAAAAUGGAGGGACGUGUGGGAGACACGCCGUGUGUUGGAUGUGGGGGCUAUGCAGAUAACAAGAUUGGGGCUGUCUCACCCACAGGCCAUGGGGAAGCCAUUAUGAAGGUCACGCUGUCCAGACUCAUUCUCUUCCACAUGGAGCAAGGGAAGACCCCAGAGGAGGCAAGUGACCUGGCUCUUGCGUAUAUGAAGGAGCGGGUGGAGGGUCUCGGUGGGGUGGUGGUGGUAGAUCCCAAAGGAACCUGGGCAGCUCGCUUCAGCAGUUUACAGAUGUCAUGGGCUGCUGCUCAGCAGGGUGAACUCCACUUUGGGCUGUACCAUGGUGAAGACUUUGUUGAGCCUGUACAAGAGGACACAUAAUGAACACACACAAAGUCUUAAACAUUUUUUGUUGAUUAUAUUUUUACAAUCAGUAUUGAAUAGAAAGGGAAAUAUGCAAAUCACUGUUAGUGUAAAUACACGGCAGUUAUAUUGUGCAUCCAUUAAGCACUUUAAAGUUGAUUGUCUUUACACCAAACAGUAAAGCACUGUAAGUCUUACACAGAUUGAUUGAAAAGAAAACAAAUCUGUAUUAUAAUACUCCUUUUUGAGGACUGUAAAUGUCCUAAGUGGUAGUACUGUAUGUUCUCCACUAGAUGGAGAUAAAUUAUGUUCUUUGGAGUCAAGUGUGUGUUAAGGCGCAGUUUAAAUGUAAUAUUACAAAACUGCAAAACAUUAUAGAUAAAAAUGUUUUACAUGUACUGUAAAUGUCACCUGAGAAAGUCAGAAUGUCUUGGUGGACUUACCAGACUGAUUUUGAAGAACAGAAAUCGUGAUUUUUUUUUUUUUUUUUUUUUUAUCCUCAAGACUUAAAGAGAAAGCAGCUUAUUAAAUCAGCACAAAAUAUUUUUAACCUAUAGAUAAUCUUGACAUGUAAAUAAACAAUGCAGCAAUUUAUCAUAAUCAUCUAUAUUUUGUAAGUUUGUGCCAGAAGAAACUUUGUAACAUGUUUUAAAUGGUGUGUUGGUAUCAUCAUAUACCGAUUUAUACUGAUUCUUUCGGAAGGUAAAAACAUGCUAAAAAAAAAUUUUGUUGGUGUGGGUCACUUAUGUGCUAUUUUAAAUGACAGCCCUGAUACAGAUAACAUCAGUUCUGUUGUUUUCAUGUACAGUAUAGGAGAGGUGACGUGGCCCUUAUGACAGUUUGAGUACACAAGCUCCUGCUUAUUAUGUCAACACAUAGGCCAGCUUGCAAGUUCAAACUGUGAAUUGUCUUCUCAAUGAUCUAAAACCUAAAAACCAGUUUUUCUGCCCUCGGCGGUCAGUUUGUGUUCAAAAUAUUCCACAUGGGAGCAUGCAAAACAACAUCAACUUUUGUCCUCUCAAAGACACGACCGACAAGUCAUGACCUCUGUCCUUUUGUGUCUUAUUAACUCUUAAAUGGGCAGAAACAUAAAUACAUUAAAAAAUAAUUAUAUUAAGUAUAUAUAUAAUAUAAAUUUCAAGUUGUACAUAAAAAUGCAGUGUUUAUGUUCAGAUUUAAAGUUUGAAUCUCCUAUAAAAAUAGUGUAAGAGAGCAGCAUUUACCUCGAGGUCAGUGACCUUCGUGGUGCAUGGUGCCAUGUUACUUUUAAAUAAAGACGACCGCGAGUUAAUGGCACAAUAUUUUAUAUCAAGUCACUUAACCUAAGUUGUUGCAGAGACCUUAUUUUCUAUGUUUUUCACUGAAAUUUGGUCUACUUACUCACAGUCCCUCCAGAAUAAAGGGAUGGAUUUGUCUCAAAACCCAAGAUAAAGUGUAUUUUAAAUUUAAACAAAAACCUUCCAAGCAUUUUGGAUGGCAUGCUGAGUUUUUGAGUAAUUUUGAUUGUAAAUAUAUACAAUCCAUUGAUUUGAUUUUGAUUAUAUCAGUGUAUUCAAUACACUGAUGAAAAAAAAAAGCCAACAGAUAUCCAGAGAGAUUUAAAAAAGAAAAAAAAGAAAUAAAAUUAUUCAAGCAUAGGGUUUGGUACAGAAUCAGUAGUAAUGCGUCGAUUUUAAAUUAACUUAUGUAAAUCCAUUCAUAAUACUGCAGAUUUGUAUUAAACAAAAAUAUUCAAAUGGAUAUGGAGGAAAAUAAAAUAAACUAAGAAAACUGAAAA